UCUCCCGUUAAAGCAGACUAGAUACACUAGGUACAAUGAAGCUCCUGCUGGCAUUUGUGUUCUGUACUCAAAUCAAUUACAUCACAUCAAUAACGAGAAUUCCUCUGAAGAAAUUCAAGUCAAUCCGAUACCAACUCCGGCAAAAGGAUGAGUUGGAAGAAUUUUGGUUGCACCACAAACCUCACGUUUUUGCCCAAAAGUAUACUGAGUGCUUUCCCUCAACCUUGUCAUUAGUAAGUGGGUUGACGUCAGAAUAUCUUUUCGACUAUAUGAAUGCCCAGUACUACGGUGAGAUUAGCGUUGGAACCCCACCUCAGAACUUUACCGUGAUAUUUGACACCGGCUCUUCAAAUUUCUGGAUUCCAUCCUCUUAUUGCGCCAGUGAAGCCUGUGAAGUACAUAAGAAGUUUAAAUCCUACAAAUCUACAUCCUACGUGCAUGGAGGAAAGUCAUUUUCUAUCCAUUAUGGCACUGGACAGCUUGUUGGCAUAACAGGCAAAGAUACACUGCGGAUCAGUAACAUGACCAUCGUGGCUCAGGACUUUGGCCAAUCGGUUGUUGAGCCGGGGCAGACGUUUGUCCAUGGCCAGUUUGAUGGGGUGCUGGGCCUGGCAUACCCUGCGCUCGCUGUUGCUAAUGCUACACCAGUAUUCGACCAGAUCGUAAAGGAAAACCUUGUGUCCCAGGAAAUAUUCUCCUUCCAUUUGGUCAAAGAUGCAGAUUCUCACUAUGGAGGAGAACUGAUAUUUGGGGGAGUAGACAAUUCCCUGUUUAAAGGCCCACUUCACUGGGUUCCCGUCACUGAGAAAAGAUACUGGCAGAUUAGGAUAAAAAACAUUAAAGUCCAGGGCAAAGUACAAUUCUGCCACAAUGGCUGUGAAGCUAUUGUUGACUCGGGGACAUCUCUCAUUACUGGUCCAAGUCUUCAAAUACAACAACUGCAGAACUUAAUGGGAGCAUCGCCCGCCUUAUAUGGAGAAUAUAUUUUGGAUUGCGCACAGAUUUCCAGACUCCCAAGUAUAACAUUCACUAUAGGAAACAGGGAUUACACAUUAACACCCGAUCAGUAUAUAAUCCAGGAAAGAACAAGUAUUUCAUCUUUGUGCUUGACCGGAUUUCAACCCAUGGAUAUCUCAACAAGCCAUGGACCCCUUUGGAUACUAGGAGACAUCUUUAUGUCAAAGUUUUACUGUGUGUUUGAUCGAAAACAUGACAGAAUUGGAUUUGGUAAAUCGGUGAGAAGGGACUAAAAGCGCUACAUCUUGUCAACCCCUACAACUGGUGCAAUGUACAAUAAGUAUUCCCCGCAAGGCUUGGGAUUCCAGCAAAGGUGGAAGCAAUUACUAAAAAUACAAACGUAUAUAAACCUUUAGACAAGCAUUGUUAUGAUUUGCUCAUUUUUGGAAAGGAUAUACGUACGUCCGGUAUUAUUUCUACAUUUUAGAUAUAUAUUGUUAGGUAAUUAUCUAGUAUUGCCCGUCACUGGUAAGAUAGUCCAGAAAUCCAUAUUUUGACGUUUGGCAUUAGCCCUCCAGUGUCCUGCUUCUUCAAAGUACAAGAUUAAAACAGCUAAAUAGUAGAAUAUUAUAUAUUCUAGGCAUACAUUACAUAGUUGUCUGGGUGAGUAUGUGACAGAUGGAAUCAACAUAGCGUUCUUUAUCUGGAAAGAUGAAUUCUGGAAUGUGGGUGUGUAUCAAGAGGAAAGAAGAAGUGAUGUGUCCUUAUAUGGCCAGAGUUUUAGCUAAAAGUUAUGACUCCAUUAUAGUCAUAGCUAUAUAGUUCUGUUGUCUGUCUGUCUUGACUUUCAAGACAAAAGAUUCUCCCGUCCAAAGUCCAGCAAUUAACAUCUCCUGUUUAAUAUCCGUGAUCUAUCAUCCAUUUUGUUACAUAUUAGUAUUUGUAAGCGAAUUAAACUUAGAGA